AUGUCUGCUCUUCCGAUGGCGGACUCCCAGGCAAUGGACCUCCUCCGGACGGUGGCCUCAGCGGUGCUUGCCGUCCUGCUGGUGGCACUUAGCACGCACGCUCGUCGCUGCCGCCACCCGGCGCUCCGCUUCUUUGUCUGGGGCGCCUCCGUCGCCUUCAUCCCGCUCGCCUCCUUCACUAUCUCCGCCUUGCUGCAGCAGAGGGAGGCGGACCGUGAUCAGUACUCGCAAUACUGCAAAGACCAUGUCUGCCAAGGGGAACUCCCGGGAGGCAAGGACAGCCUGGAUGUUCAGAGCAUGUGGACGCUCCUCCUGUGGGCAGUAAUCAUAGUCAUCAUCAAGGGCAACGCCGACACCGCCGCGGCCUCCGCGGCCACCGUCUCCGUCUCGCCCUCCACCGGCGACGUCGGAGUGGACGGCCAGAAGGUCCGGACCCCCGUUGAGCUCCUUGCCAUGUACGCCUGGUUGGCUUACCUAAUCGCCAGCUGCAUGCCGGAGGCAAACUGGCUGAAAUUUCGUGGAAAAUCCAUCUUCGUCGUCUUCUUCCUGCUCGGUUUCGCCAAGGUGGUGCUCAAGCUGGUGGCCUUCUUCUUAGCGAGCAACUCCUACGCCGUCGGCAAGAACGCGCGGCUCGUGUCCGGCUACAUGGCGCAGCUCGUUGAGGAAGGCGCGGUGGAGGGCCACGGAUACGUGCCUCCUUACAUUGUGAUGGGGGAGAGCAAGGCCCACGUCGAGGAGACCCCCGAGGGGUACCGCGUCAAGCGCGCCGCCCUCGAUGAUAAGCUCGGCGCCCUCGUGACGCUGGACCGCGUGUGGUCGCAGUCCGAUCACAGCGACGGCCUCCUCGGCAAGCGGCUGGAGCUGAGGGACCUCUGCCUCUCCUUCUCCCUCUUCAAGAGCCUCCGACGGCGGCUGUCGGGGUACCCCCUGGCGGAGGAAGGGUCCAGCGACGCCCUCGACUUCGUGCUCAGAGGCAUGGACACGUCCGGUGACAAAGGAGCCGCCGAUGCCGACCGCGUGUUCCGUGUCCUCGUGGACGAGCUCUCGUUCGCGGGCGAUUUCUACUACUCCCCGCUCCCUCUGUGCUCGUUCAGUGGCUGGUGCGCUGCUCUAAACUACCUCCUCUCCGUCCUCAUCAUCGCCGGAGCUAUCGGCGUGGGAUAUGUGUAUCACGACUCUAGAGUGAUCGCUUUCAGAAGGGAGUCCCCCGAUAAACCGGCUGUAACAGGGACGCAAAAGGCUUACUACGUCAUCACCCUGUUCCUCCUGCUGGCCACCAUGCUCACGGAGACCUGCGAGAUCAUCGCCGGCGUGUGCUCCAACUGGACCAAGAUGGCCUUGCUCGGCAGCUACAUCAAGCGGGGAUCGCCGGCGCAAUGCACGGGCGCAGCGCUGGCGGCGGUGCUGCGGCUGAAGGCUGCGAGGCGCUGGAGCAACAAGAUCGGGCAGAACUCGGUGCUGGAGCCCCGGCGUUUCGGCAGGCGGUCGGGGCUCUUCUCGGACAAACUCUACGGGCGCGCAGGGCUGAUGAGGUCCGUGGCAGUCUCGCCGGCCGUGAAGGACGCGGUGCUCAGGUCUUUCAAGAGAAGAUACGGGGGAUUGGACAAGGGGAGCACGGCGGCGCUGAAAGUCGGCGGCCUCAGCGGCAAGUUCGGCUCGGCGUGGCCAGCGCCGGCCAGUGGUUUUCAAAAAAGCUGGGCGCUUGAUGGCAACGGAAGCAGCACCACGGAGCAUAUCCUCGCCUGCCACAUCGGCACGCGGCUCUUCGAGAUCAAGUACUCGCAUGCGGCGUGCCCGACGCCGGCUGCGGCCAACAUGACCGCCGCCUGCCACCUGUCGUACUACUGCGCGUACCUGGUGGCGGCCGCGCCGGGGCUGCUGCCAGACUGCCCUGCCUGGGCCGAGAAACGAUACAAGGAAGUGGCGAAGGACGUGCGGGCGGCGCUUGGGAAGGAUAUGGCCGGAGCCAGCGAGUCAACGGCGCAGGGGUACGAGCGGCUUCUGAACGAGCUGAGCGAGAGCUCCAGGGACACGGUCCUGCGGCACGGCGCCGAGCUCGGGAGUCGCCUGGUGGAUGCGUACGUCGAGGACGAGGCGGCGGCGUGGCGGUUCCUGGCGGACUUCUGGUCGGAGAUGGUGCUGUUCGUCGCGCCGUCGAAGAGCGUCAAGGGCCACGUAGAGGCGAUGGGUCGUGGCGGCGAGUUCGUCACGCUCGUCUGGGCGCUUCUCUUGCAUGCGGGCGUCACGGAUAGGGACGAGACACCUCACAGUUGUAGCAUCCCAUGA